AUGAACGCUGUGCAUGAACCACUUCACGGCAAAAAGCUUGAUUCGCAGCAUGAAUUCAUUGUCGAAUGGCAAGUAUUCACAUUAGACGGCAAGCCAGAAGAUGACUUGCACAGAGCGUCUGUGACAAUCAACAACGGCAAGUUUUCUUCGAGUGAUGACCAUCAUUAUAUCCUCCAGGAUCCUCUGGUUGUUGACAAACUCCAAAGAAACGCUGUUAUUGGUGGCUUGUAUCUUGUAGGGGCGAUAAACGACACCUGUGAAGCAUUCCGACUUUCAUACUACCUCGGAGUUGCAAUCCGGCAAGGAUAUACCUUGGGUAAAAAGGAUAGUCUCUUAGUUGAAGAGGUCGCAGACUGGGAGAGUAUCACAGACGAGAUAAAGGAAAUCAUGAGGUUCACCUAG